AUGCAGUUCGAUAGUUUACCUCUCCGUCCUAGCAGUAGUCAUGACACCGCCUCGGUGCCGCCUUUGAAAAGGCAUGCGGCGUGUGACGAGUGCAGGAAACGGAAGUUGAAAUGCUCUGGUGAAGCUACGGGCUGUAGUCGUUGUGUUAAGCAGUCCCUUCCUUGCCACUAUUCAUUACAGAAGCCGAUGGGACGCCCACCGAAAAAGCGACCCCGUGAAGACAAUGAUGCAUCCGUAUAUGAAAUCUCAGACAAUGGGAUGUGGACUGAUAUAGAUGAUGGUGGGAUUUUGACUGAGGAAGCCGGGGCCGAAGCUACAGCGGCAUCAGAUGCCCUACGACUUUGUCCUCCAGUGUACACCGCACCAAUGCGAAUGCCACAGGCCUUUCCUAACCUAUUAUCUACUGACGAUAGUCACAAUCACCUAUGGCAGUUGGAAGCCGGUCGAUCGCUGGACCCUAUCCCUGCGACUACCGGUCCUUGGCCUGAUUUCUCCAGCGUAACGGCCGCAACGUCUUCUCCGUUCAUAUUACCGUCGAGCUUGACGCUCAUUGAUUCCCCUAGCGUAUCAACCCCCAGCUCGGACGGUGGUAACAGUUCUCAGUGUACCUGCUUAUCAUACUUGUAUCUAUGUCUCAGUCAUCUUUCUUCCCUUGCUCCCUUUCCAAUAUCUCAACACACGUUGUGUUCCUUAUUUAUUGCUGCCAAAACAGCGCGGGCUGUCAUUCGUUGUGAUGUCUGUCCCACAAGCUUUGCUCUGGGGAUGCAGAAUGUCAUGUUUACUGGAACCCUCUUGAACGUCGUUGCGGAUGCCUGGCUGCGAGUGUCGCAAGCUGACGCUGAAGAACUGGGCAAGUUAGCCGCGCCGCCAGCUUAUGUGGCUUCAGUGACGCAGAACUCCCCAAACCCCGCAGAGGCUUGGAAGGACUGGCUUCGACAAACUGUCAGAAGCGCUAUUACAGGCGGCCCGGUAGAUCCUGCUGGUCAGGUGAGGUGCUCGGAUUCGCCAACAUUACUUUCUCUCAUUGAGGAAAUGGAAGCCCGCCAGCAUAGAUGGCAUCGAUCCCGAACUGUGGAAUCCCCAAAUGAACCCGGAUCUUGUUCACCUGUCUCCCAUGAGGACCAUCGGGAAGAGGAUAUGCUUUGUUUUCGUGUAAUCCGAAGCGCCAGAGAUGUUAUAGCCAAGUUUGAAUUUGCACCGCACGAAUACCCGGAGGGUGCGGUUCCGGUAUGA